GACAGUAAGUUUCCACCAUCGAUAAUCGAUAAUGCCUCUGUGUGUUAAGGGUGCUUAGUGAGGAUUCAAUACAAUUUGAUCUUUCUGUUGACUCUGCUAAGAGAACAGCCGAUGAUGAGAGGACCUUUUCUACUUCUGGUUUUACCAACUCUUGCUGUAGCUGAAACAUGUCUCUUUUUAUCUGCGAAGAAAGUUGAUGCUUAUAAUGGCAAGAAAGUUUCCCAGUCAGAAAUGUGGGCUGUGAACAGUCUGACAAAGGUUGAAUGUCUGUUGAAGUGUCUACAGGAAAAGUAUUGCGUCAGCUUCCACUUCAGUCCUUCUGGACCAGUUUGCGUGGCUCUACGGGAACGGUUUGAGGGAUCCAACGUUGCCUCCACGGACGCACUUUGGUAUCAGCUCUAUCAAACCAACAGACCUGUGGCCAAGGUAGGGUCAGACUGUGAACUGGACGUGGACUGUGCGUCUCUCCCUAACUCCCACUGUAACGACGGAGUCUGCAGGUGUGAGGUGGGCUACGGGAUCUACGGAGAUGCCUGUCGCAUCCUCACAGUUCCAGCUUUAGCCAAGGUAGGGUCAGACUGUAACCUGGACGUGGACUGUGCGUCUCUCCCUAAUUCCCACUGUAACGUCGAUGUCUGUAGGUGUGACGUGGGCUACGGGAUCUACGGAGAUGCCUGUCGCAACCUCACAGAGUGCUCCACCUUCAGCAAGAACUUCACCUUGUACAAGUUCACAUACAUCAACCUGAACAACAUCCAACUCCAAGAAAACUCAUCUUACGAAUCCUGCCCUGCGUUCUGCAUCAGCGACACCAGGUGUCAGUCGGCGGAAUUUGACUAUCGUCUGAGAGUCUGUUACCUGAAUACGGUCACUUGGUUCGAGUCUGACCCAUCUGAUCGUAAAACGUACAAUCCAGGAGUUGACUUCUUCCAGCGGGAGUGCCUAUGGUAACUGAGCUGAAGCUUGUUCUGAACUGACAAUCAUAUAUUCUAAAGGAAUUAUUUGGGAUAGUUUCCAAUUUCUUUUUCGCAUAUUCAUUUCUUGUUUACAAAGUUAUUGCUUGUAUGAAAUGUUGAAAGUCUUAAUAACAUUUUUUGAAAUGCAAUUGUUCAGGUCUCCUCGUGUUCGAAAAUUAUUACUGUUGUGAGGCUGUAGCUGAAGCAUACAUACCAAAAUAAUCAAGGGAUGGGUUUUCGUUUUUUAUGUUAAACCUUAAAUGUAAUCGACAAUAAUCAAUUACAGCCGAGCUCAAGGGGAACCAGAUACUCAUUCAGGUACACGUUAACAAAUUAUGUACAAUAAUACGUGCAAUAUAUAUAAGUCUGUCUUUUCUUCUUGCACCGUUUGUAUAUUGCUUGUUAUUUUUAACACUUAUCUCUUCUGUCUGAGUUCGAAACAAUCGGUCUUUGCUUAGGGUUUGCUUGACUAAAACGUAGCACCACAACUUACUAUGACAACAUGAUGUUUGUCAAAAGACGCAUGUCUAACGCUAACGGAGCCUGAUCAGGACAAUGAAGGAUGUAAGAGAGUUCAAAGUGAUACCACGGGUUUGCAGGACUUAGGCAUAGCAAUUUUUUAUUUUUAUUCACAUUUUUUUUAUUCACUUCACUUGGAUACACUUUGUAUGAAACAAUCUGUGGACAUAGUUUUGUAAUGAAAUAAUAUAAUGGCUGGCAUGUCACUCUGUUUCAAGUUCCACUGGGGGAAAAAGAGCAAGUAAAACUGGAGCAAUGGCAGAUACACUUGGGUAUAAGCUAUUUCAUUGUCACAUUCACAGAACAUUUUGGAGUAUAAUCCAUUUUCUCUCAAAUAAAUUCAUAUUGAAAUUGUUUCUAGCAAUAUAUUUCUCAAUGUCAUAUACAUCUUUUAAUAACCCUUUAUAUGUGGUGAAGCUUGGUUUCACACCCUUGAUAUUCAUGACAAAAAUGUGGCGUUUGGCUAAUAUCAUCAUGUGGUUGAGCAAAAGGGUCGCUAUUAGCACAAAAUAGUAUAUCUUGAGCUGAGAGUACGAGUGUUCUGUGCAGGACACAAUUAACAAAAUUGGUGAAUUCUUUCCAGAAUAAUCUAAUGGUUGGACAUUCAAUAUAUACAUGAUAAAUAUUCUCACUUA